AUGGGUGGCCAAAUAUCCAAGGUGAUGGGCAAGAUCUUCGGAUCCAAGGAGAUGCGCCUCCUCAUGCUCGGCCUCGACGCCGCCGGCAAGACCACCAUCCUCUACAAGCUCAAGCUCGGCCAGGACGUCACCACCAUUCCCACCGUCGGCUUCAACGUCGAGACGGUCACGUACAAGAACGUCAAGUUCAACGUUUGGGAUGUGGGCGGCCAGGACAAGAUCCGCCCCCUGUGGAGGCAUUACUUUUCGGGCACCCAAGGCCUCAUCUUCGUCAUUGACUCGGCCGACCGCAACCGCAUCGAGGAGGCGCGCCAGGAGCUGCACCGCAUCAUCAACGACCGAGAGAUGAAGGACAGCCUGCUGCUCGUCUUCGCCAACAAGCAGGACCUCAAGGAGGCCAUGAAGCCCCAGGAGGUGACCGAGGCCCUGCAGCUCGCCCGCCUCAAGGACAAGGUCUGGUACGUGGUGCCCAGCUGCGCCACCACGGGCGAGGGCCUGCUCGAGGGCCUGGCCUGGCUGUCGAACAACGUCAAGUCGCAGCCCGCCCCGGUCAAGAAGUGA